UCUGGUACUAGCCCAUCAACAGAACGAUCUGACAAUCCUUUUGACACUCUUUUCGACGGCGCCGAUGACGAUAACAGUGGCAGCGACUGGUGGGAUGACGAAGAGGCGGAGGAUUCCAGCGCUCCCAAAGAAAAAAUACCAAUACAAGUUUCACAAUGGCCAAAACCUCCGGAGACGGUUGGCUUGGGGGUAACUGUCAAGGCUGCAAAUCGGACUAAUGUUCGACGCCAUACAAGGACCUACUCUGUGCAGAAACCAGUCAGGGAGAAAUCGAAAGGUCGUCAGAAGAAACAAAACGCAAAAGCUGGGAUCAAGGUCGUCACAGAUUUCUCGCGCCACCAACCAGCUAUGCCUCCCGUUCAAUUACAACCUUCACAGACGAUGCCACAGAUGGGACGUUUCGUGGAUAUGGCGGCAUUGAGAGCGUUGAAUGGCGAGUCCAACCAAUCAUCAGGUGGCUUUUGGAGAACAAAGAAGACCAAGGCUUUGACAAGGGCGCCAAACACGAUGCCAACAAUCACAAAGGACUCGGCCGGACCAGCUACAACUUUGAGUCCAAAUAAAGCUUUUCGGAUGAGAAAUUCUCUCCUCCAAUCUCCAGUCAGACCCGGCGAAGAUUUGUCGCCUGGUGAUCGACCCAUAGUCAUUGGCAUAUCUAUCCCUUCCUCUGAUAUAUCAGUACACUCGGUUAGUCCACAAACAGCUGUGUCAGAAACAACAAAAUUUGUACAUAGCUAUGAACGCCGUCCACCGAUGAAUCACACCCCAGAUACACCAACUAUUAUUAUAACUCCUGCCCAAGAAGUUUCUGCGUGGUCACCAUUAGGUAUGCAGGCCACGUCUUUAGACCACGAGCUUUACGAUUCGAAUUCCAAACACUAUACUGCCAAUGAUGCACCUCCUGUGCCGCAAAUGCCAACAUCGUUCCUAGAAGAUGAGAGACAGCGAAUAGCUGCGCAGAGAAGCUAUUUCUCACCAGAUUCGGACGAUGUCACCACAUGGGGUGACGACGAUGAGACCCACGCCCCACCUAGAUCUAGGGUAGCUUCUACUUAUACAGUGUUCGAAGAAGAUGAAAGUCCCGUGAUGGCGAGGAAAGGGCGUGCAGUCUCGGUAACGAAUGGAACGAGGGCUCAUAGACAUGCAAGUAUAAGCACUAUAGCUACCCAGAGACGCUCGAAAGGAUGGUGGAAUUAUAUCACGACACCAUUCUUGACACGAUCGAAUACUUUCGCGACACGAGAGCUUGAGAAUCAAGAAGCCCCUGCUCUGCCAGAUUUAGCUAUAGCUGUGGCGAAAGCCCAAACUGCCGAGAGGGAUGCGAAGAAGUGGGAGAAGCAAUUCUCUCCUACAACUCCCGCGACAUCGACAACUAUAGCUUCGGAACAGUGGUGGGAUCUUGAUGCCAAGAAGUCUGAGCAGUCUCCAGUGGUUCGAGACAUCAGACACAAAGUGCAAACGUCGACAGGAACAUUACCGAUUGUCCUUUCGGAAACAGCCGGUUUUGGAGCUGUAACUUCGUCGAGUAUUUCAUCUCUUGCUAGUAAUCAGCUCAGUAGAGAGAACACAUCUUCUAGCUUUGGGUGUGCUGGUGAAACAGAGUCUCCAGAAAGAGAGGUACCAAUUCUGGCUGAUGCUCCAAGGACCAGAUCUUUGCGAAGCAAUAAUCCUUACGUUCAGCCUACGUUCAGUGACCUAAGCGACGCUUCGCAGCGAAGCCAACCAGACGUAGGUAGAGCUGCAGAGCUUCCUCGCACUGGUCCAGCACCAGCACUCAGCCAAGCUUUCUACUCCCCAUCGGUAGGAGGUCCUCCACCAUACUCACCGUCACCGAAUCGAGUGAAAUAUAGAGCUAUUCUUCCUCCAGAACACGCCGCUGGAACACAAUACCCACUCUCACCUGGACCAGUUUCCCCUGGACUACAACAGGCAAUGUCAUCAGGAGGUGCUAUACCUAUGUCUGAAGUCCCUUUAAGUCCUCCAGCUCGAAGACCUAUCAACUUAAACUCUGGUUACGCUGUUCGGUCGGCCGGACAGCUUGAAGUGCCUGUGUCAGGAGAGCACUAUGGCUUGCCUCCAACCAAGGCUUCCAAGAAAGCAGAAGCUAAGCGUCGUCGACACGAGAAAGAAGAUGUUGUUGCACACCGGGCAGGUGGAUUCUGGCGAGGUCGUGGCUGUGUGCCAGCUCGAGGAUGUUAUGGUCGUAAUGGUGCUGAAGGCCGAAAGCGCCGUCGGUGGUAUCUCUUCUUGAUUAUCUUCUUCCUCACCUUGAUCAUUCUGAUCAUAGUUUUCGCGACAACUCUCCACAGAAAAUCAAACACAGUCACACAGCCAUCGCAAUGGCUUAACCUCACUGGAUUUCCACCUAUCUUCCUGGGACUAUCAACUGUUGUGGCUCCAGUCAAUAUCGAGACCAACACAGGGUGUGUAUUCCCGGCAACACAAUGGAGCUGUGACCUUCCGAAAGACUUGCAAUCCUCGGUUGCUCCAAACCAACCUAAUCAGCCAGACUUCUUUCUCUACGUUCAGUGGGAUAACAGCAGUGCUACAAAUGCUACAUUUGCAAAUGUCACUGGCAACAAGAAUCUCAUUACUCGAGCAGGAAACCCGGUGUCCGCAGGACAAUUCAUGAAGCAUUUGCUCCUAAAGGCACGAGAUAUUGUCACGUUUUCACCAAAUCCAGCACCGCCAACAUUUGCAGAGGAGUUCUUCCUGGGAAACACAACCGAUGAUAUUGUGUCAAGCAGCAAAGCUGGAGAGCCAACGCCCUUCUACAUUUCCUUCUUGCCGUCCCUCAACGCAUCCAUUCCGGACUUUAACGAAAGUCUAGAUGAGAGAGACACGGACCCUUUCCCGAAUGUGACGCAAAGUAUUCCUGCUCCAUCUCUAAACAGUGAUGGUACAGCCGCUCCCGCCAAUUUACUCCCGUCACCAUUGCCACUUCAACAACCCAUCAGACUUUACGAUCGCGGCUUGCCCACGGAACACUAUGGAUUCUACAGCUAUUUCGACCGCUCUAUCUUCCUGAAGAGCUUGGCGCUCCUAAAUGAGACAAACUCACAAGAUGGCGAAGUACCAGAUGAUCUCAAUGGUGGAGCCACAGAAGCGGAAGCAAACUUCAGAUGUACCUGGUCAGAAACAAGGUUUUUGGUCCAAAUGUGGACUCGCAUGGGUUCCUCUGCCAAGUUGAACAAUGCAACUUCAUCUUCAUCCUCGCCAACAACCGAAUUGCUCCAACCAGGUUCUUUCCCGUACCCAAUUACGAUCACUACGGAUAGACAUGGUGGCGAUCCAGCAACGAAGAUGAUUUACUGCUAUGAAAUGAACGAUCGUCAGGGUAUUGUGGCAGGAAGUGCGAAGCUUAGUGGUGAGAAUAGAGCAUUUGGAGGCGUGGCGGUGAACCCUGCUCCGACGGUCUUCUUUAAUGCCAGUACAACAACGCUGGGAGGGUUUGAUGGUGGGACCGGGGGGUGUGCUUGUGCAUGGACGAACUUUGGAAAGGUUGUAAAUGCCUAAGAAUCAAAAUCAAGCAAGUGGAGGAGAGGAGGACAUAUCAUACUUCCAUCUGUCUGUUUAAAGCAUAGCGGGCUGCAUACAUACUAUUGCAUUAAGAAAAAUAGGAAAUAAGGAGACAGAAAAACUGCAUUGCAUUAUGGGGUCAUCAGGUUGUAGAGUUAUCUAGUUAGAGUAUGAUAAUGAGUAAUGGAAUGUGUGUUCUAUGAG